AUGUCGCAAGAACAAGGUCCCUUCUCUGUGCGCCGUCCGCGCGAGACACUCGGCCCAAUCAAUCACAAUGCAUCCGCCAUUCCCAUGCCCGCCUCAGCCAUGAAGCGACAGAGUUCCUUCGGCCUUGGUCAAAUGCAAUCCGCCUCGCACGCCCGUUCGACCUCUGGUUCCCGCAUGUCUCUCGCUCCAGGUUUUCCUAGGCAGCCCGACUUCCAGCGCGCUUCAUCUGGCACCAAUCUGGCUGAAAUGGGUCUCUCUACCGUCAAACGCCCCUCAACCCAGAACAUGUUCAACAGCACUGGCGGCAGAAAGAGUUACGCACCCGUCGGCAGCACUCCGGCUCCAGCUCUUCAGUUGGGCGACAGCUCCCAACGCCGUAGCAGUGUAUACAGUGCCCGUCCCUCAGCUGCCUUUGGUGGUCCCAUCGGUCACCAGUCCUUCUUCGCUACUGCUCCUCCAUCGAAUCAGCCUCCUCAAGAUCCACGCAGAUUGCGCGACCCUGCCACCCGUCACCAGAUGGGUACCGAUGUCAUGGAGUUCCUCACCCAGCGCAACUUCGAAAUGGAGAUGAAGCACACCUUGACCCACAAGACCAUGACUUCGCCCACCCAAAAGGACUUCAACAUGAUGUUCCAGUUCCUCUAUCACUGUAUCGACCCCGCAUACCGCUUCCAGAAGAAUAUCGACCAAGAAGUUCCUCCGCUCCUCAAACAACUUCGCUAUCCAUACGAGAGAAAUAUCACGAAGUCACAACUCGCCGCUGUAGGAGGCAACAACUGGUUCACCUUCCUUGGUAUGCUCCACUGGAUGAUGCAACUCGCAAAGAUGAUGGAACACUUCAGUGUUGGCACCUACGACGAAGCUUGUAUUGAGUCUGGUCACGACGUUACAGCCGACCGCAUCACUUUCGAGUUUCUGAGUGACGCUUACCGAACCUGGUUGUCUGUGGAUGAUGACGAUGGUGAGGAUGACGAGGAAGCCAUUCAGAGGCUGAUACAACCACAUGUUGAGGCUAUGGCUGCCAAAUUUGACGCCUCGAACCAACAAAAUCUUGAGCAGGUCAAGGCUCUAGAGGAGGAGAGUAAGCAACUUCAAGAGCAAAUUGACGAACUCGGCAAAACUGCUCCUCGUAUGGCCAAACUCGACGAGCAGAACAAAAUCCUCGAGGAAGACAGAGUCAAAUUUGAGAAUUACAACAACAGUAUCGAUAAGAAGGUCGAAAAGUACGAAGACCGACUACGCAUGCUGGAGAGUGAAACGCAACGUCUCGAUCAAGAGCUUGCAGACGCUGAGCAAGAACGCAACAGCUUGCAAGAAAUGGUCGAUCGACAGGGAAUCACCGUGCAGGAUAUCGACCGCAUGACAGCUGAGCGCAAACGACUUCAAACUGGUGUCGAAAGCACGAACUUGCGACUGGAAGAGACACGAGAUGCAGUGGCCAAGAAGGAAGCAGAAGCAGCACAAAAGCUCGAAGAGCUUGAGUCUGUGAUUUCCAGGUACAACCGAACAGCCUACGAGAUUGGAGUAAUUCCACCAGAUGCGCCAAAUGCGCACGGUCAAGAAUACGAGUUGAUCCUCACCACCAACGAAGGGCCUGGAUUUGGAUCAUCGCAGAUGGGGGAGCAACCACAAGAUUCUGAUCGGCUGUUGGCCGAGGCAGGCACCGGAUACCAACCACAUCACCUACUCAACCUGGACGUCCGAGGCAGUCUCAAGACUAAUAUGAUCAACCUGCGAAAAGAGAUCAGCGAACGCAGGAACAACGCUCUCGAGGUGGACAUGAACAACCAGGAUCUACUUGACAAGAUCAAGGAGGCCAUUGGAGACAAGAAGGCCGAGACCGAGACUCUGGAGCACCGCGUUCGUGCAGCCGAAGACGAGUUUGAGAAGACGAAAGAGAUCACCAAUUCGCAAAAGAUGGCAUCAGACGCUCAAAUCGAGAAGAUGGAAAAGGAGCUUGCCAGGAUGCGUGCCGGACUCACAGAAUCUGUUCAGCUGAUGGAGCAACGCGAGAUGAACACCAACCUCGAGUACGAGCAGAUGACAGUGGCAUCAUCGGCACUUCGAGAAGAGCUUCACACGGAGCUCGAGCGUAUGCUGAACGACAUUAUCAAGUUCAAGGUGCACAUCCAGAGCAGUCUCGAGGGUUACGAAGAGUUUGUGGCUCAAGAAGUCGAAAGAGAAUGCGAGGAGCAAGAACGAGAAGAGAUGGGGGCCGACGACGAGAAGUAUGGUGAGUAUCUCGAGACAAAGGUGGAAGAAAUGGAUCUCGACGAGUAA